GGCACCGCCGUUGUCUUCUCUUUUGACAGCCGCCUUAAAGCGCCGGAACAGCAGAGCCAAACAUCAGACCGAUCUCCACGCCGAAACUGUGUAUCCGCGUCUGGAUGGGUCACCCGGCGUCGAAACAGCCGCCAUCCCGGAGCUCCUGAUCCCGACUCGCUUUCCCGCCAGCAGCCUGGACUCUACUUCCAUGUUCUGAUCCGAAUCCUGGGCUGGGUCUUCUGGAACGUUCAGUUCUCUCGGAUGUCCACCUCGUUCUCCCCGCCGCAGCAGCAUCCGCAGACCGCAGCAACACGGAUCCCGUUCAGCAAGCUCCUGUUGAGAUGGCCCGAGCAGAAACCAUCGAGACUGCCGGAGAAAAUGGAGGCGGACGAAACGGCCCGCUGUCUCUGCACAACACCUGCCGCAUGGAGCUACCCCAACCAAUCCACAACCGGUCAGGCCCGCGGACCGAACCCAGCGUCCCCAGCACGCCCCCCCACAGGGAGCCACUGCCGGGCCUCUACCUGCCAAACCGGCUGCCUUGCUCCCACCCAGAGGGCCACCAGCAGGCGCCGGCGUUAUCGCCGACGCCGUCCUGUCGUCUGGAAACCAGCCGGAGAACCGCCGGCAAUGACCCGUCACAAGAAGAACCGGAUUGGAACAAUGAGGAGCAGCAGGACGCGUCCCGGCGGCAGGGCCCUCUCCCCGACCUGCUUCCCCAGAACGAGAACUCGCCCUGGGACUCGCCGCCGCCGCCGCUGGGCGCCGGCGGAGAGGCGGCGCAGCACCUGGACGUCAUCCGGGUGGCCAGCCAGCUCAGGAUGAUAGGGGACCAAUUCAACGCCAUGAUCCUCCACAGAGCGCACAUCGCCCCCCAGUGGCAGGACUGGAGAGAGGUCUGCCGGGGAUUCCUGAACUUUAUCGCCCAGUCGCUCAGCACUCUCUACCGGCUGACGUAGAGCUGCGAUCCGGAUCUUUUCCUGCGUUCUGGGCCGAGACGUUCUGUUGCUACCGGGUCGCCGGACCAUUAAUCGCCUCAUGGACCGGACCGGCCUGUCAGAACCGGACCUUUCCACUCAGGUGGCACUGCUGCACACCGCAGCCGCUGGACUGGACGGCUGGACUUCAUGUUUAUUUUGUAAAAUAUAUACAUAUUUUUUUGUUUUGGUUCUGUCUGGGGGGGUCCACUUCUUGAUGUGGGUCAAACUGUUUUUUGUGGUGCUGAAAAAAUUCAAGCUGAAAAACACAAAAUGUUACUGAAUAUUUUAUAAAUGUCUGAACAAACUAACUGAAGACAAGACUGACUUACAACCUAUCGGAACUUAUUUUAAGUCAGUAAUUCCUCAGUAUUGAUUUAUAAAAAGUACUUGUUCGUCCCUCCGAGGUUUUGUACCAGUCCGCCUGUGAAACAAGCAUUUUUUCAUCAAUAUCAUGGAUUUACUCUGACUUAAAACAAGUUUAUUGUAAGUUGGUUUUGUCUUAUUUCAACUUUACUUUGAUAUUUGCAGCUGAAGCUGGAUUAAAAUACUUGGCAAGAUUUUGUGUUUUUGCAGUGUACAGGAGUCAUUCGUAGCACGAAGGACCCAAAAACUUGAAGUAUUCAUUUUAAUAAGUUAUUCUUAAACAAAGGUUGACAUCUCAGAAUACACCACCAUAUAGAGACAUUUUUCCAUUUUUAAACUACAUGUUUAAAACACAAAAUCUUAUCAAGUAUUUUUGAUUUUCUUUCUACUUUUGUGGAAAUAUCUUAGCAGACAAAAUUAACUUACAGGGAACCUUUCAGCCAGAUGCAGAAGCUUAUUUUAAGUGAAUAAUUCUUUAAUAUUGAUUUAAAAAGUAGAACAAAUUUUCAUUUAUAACAUAAAAAAUAUUUAGUCAUAAGUGAAACUAGCACUUUUCAUCAAUAUUAAAGAGUUAUUGUCUAAAACAAGCUGCUGAAUCUUGCUGAAAAGUUACCUGUAAGUUCAUUUUGUCUUAUUAUAUUUGCACUAGAAACUUGGUAAUAUUUUGUGUUUUUGCAGUGCAGCUGUGAAAUCAGCCGUCAUAAGCAUUGCAUUUCCCUUUAACUGCACCGUUUUCGACUCUGCAACCCAUGUUCCCACUUUAAAAAUCAAAGAAACUGUGAAACGCCGAGGUUGCAUUUGCAGGGAAUUUUUGGGUGCAAAUCCGCUUUGGGGCGAAGCUGCUUCUCUUCGCCACUUCCACGUGCCUUCCUGCCUCCAGGUUCGCCUCCGACGCGACGACGGGCGCCGUUGUUUUGAGUCUCAGCGCUCGAGAGCCAUUUGCAUUAAAUUAAAAUGUCCUGCAACUGGCAGAACUUGUUUACAGUGUUCAUAGUCCCUCAAUUUACUGUAAAUAGUUUAUUUUGAAGAUGAAUUUAAGUUAUCCAAGAAGCGGAUGGCAUUAAGAUGACCUGUUUUGUUGUUGUUUUUUAUUCCCAGGUGGAUUUGAGAAGGUAUUUAACGAGCAGCAGGAAGAAAAUUUGAAUUCUCAUCAACAUGACCCCAGUUUUGUUCCUGUUUUCUACUGCAUGAUUAUUUUGAUUGAAGCAGAAGAGAAAACGUGUAAUUUAUUUUGGAAAAAUCUGUAGCAUUUUUAUUUGUUUUCUAUGACGAUGUAUUUAUUUUUCUACCAACUGAGACUCAAAAUGUUUGAGUUGCUGUCGCACACACUGGCGAUGGAGAAAUCACUUUAAUAUUUGGAAAAUUAGUUGCACAAAAAUAAAAGGACAGAGAGAAAAGCCUUGACAUUGGGACGUUGCAGCUUUGAAAGGUACUGGGAGAAAUCAGGCGUCGCAGCUUCAAAAGUGAAUCAGGGUUUGCUGUAAGUUGGACUUUCCGGUUCUGAACGGGUUAAAAAGUUUCAUGUCUGUACUGUAGCGUACGCCACGUAGCAGAUUCACGUUUACUGGAAUAUUUAAACUUUUGAUUCAGGAAUUUCCAUCGUUUCUCCUCGUUUGUUGGGUUUUUUAGAUGUGGACCAAGCCUGCUCUUUUCCCCAAAUCAGAUUUCAUCAUUAGAGAGAGAAAAGAAAAUGAGCACUUCUUGAUUUGAUGCCGUUUAUCCAGCAGUGGAACAAACAAAGUUGUAUUUUGCCGUUUUUCAGCUUUUUUCUAUUGUAAAAUUUCUACAUGAAUUUUGUACUUUUUCUUUUUUUAUAUAAUAAAGAUAAGAAUUU